GUCCCGCCGGACACAGCGCAUCGUCAACGCGGCCACGGCGGGCGCCCCGGAAAAGACGGGCCUCGCAGACGCGAGCUCGGCGCUGGACCAUCGCGAGCGGCGAACUCUCUGCAGGGCCGCGCCGCGGCAGCCUCGGGCGCCGUCGGCAGCCCUGUGGACAUCGUCGGCGGACGAGACAAACUUGCUGUCCAACGAUCGCGCCAUUCUCCCAGGCAUCGAGGGCCGUCCGCGGCGCGGCGGCGCCAGCGGCGACCUGCUCGGGCCCUGCGGGCCGCCG